GCAGCAGUCUCUCGAUCACCGGUUAGUCGUCGAGCGGAUCUCGAUCGGAACGGUCGGCCCAUCGCAUUCGCCUGAUUGAAAAAGAGAGAGAGGGAGAAAGUAGGAAUCUAGGAAAAGCACGAGAGAGAGGGAGAGGGGAGAACGAAGCAGCUUGGACGGACCGGCGCACCGUGUCGGCCAGUCCGCUGCGGAACGUCGCGCGUGUAGGACGUGUCGCGCGCUGCGUUUCGUGCGCGUCCACGCUCGUGAAACCGAUUCGCGCGCCGCUUCAUCGCACAGCCUCGUUGUCCCCGAGCGCAGCUUCCUCGCGAGGCUGACCGAUCACUUUUCGAUCAUCGCUGUCGUCACCGCCAUCACCGUCUCACGACGUGCUCGAGUUACCUGAACAUCGUCCGCAUCCUUUGACGUUUCGCGAUAUCCGCUGCAACGAAUAGCGGGUCAUCAGCAUGGAUCGAUCGUCCAAGUUGAUACUGCGGAAGCUCAUCAUGGACUUCCUCUGCAUAUUCGUCGUGGGCAUCGCGGUGUUGAUGUUCUUCCUGUUCGGCAAACCGUACAAACGUGGCUUUUUCUGCAACGAUGAGUCACUCUCUUACCCGUAUCACGGAUCCACGGUUACGAGUGCGGCUCUCUACGUCGUCGGACUUUUCCUCCCUAUAUGCACGAUGCUUAUAGGAGAGUUCCUAUAUGCGAGAUACCAUUCUGGACAUACGGCAAGAGUGCUUUUCGGAUACACUAUACCUCCGUGGUUAUGGAACGCCUAUGAAAAGAUUGGUGUGUUCGGAUUCGGCGCAGCCUGUACUGUUUUAACCACGGACAUCGCUAAAUACACCAUAGGCCGAUUACGACCGCACUUUAUGAAAAUCUGUGCACCUGAAGUUAACUGCAGCCUGCCUGAGAAUCAGCACAGAUAUAUCGAGAAGUUUACAUGCAGUACAGUGGGUUCGAUCUCGGCCAAGAUGCUAAAGGAAGUCAGAUUAUCGUUCCCCUCCGGUCACUCAUCCUUCUCGGCCUACACCAUGCUCUACCUUGCGAUGUAUCUUCAACUGAGGAUGAAAUGGAAAGGCAGUAAACUGCUUAAAAAUUUUCUUCAACUGCUUUGCUUGCUCAUGGCCUGGUUUACGGCAAUGACGCGAGUUUCCGAUUACAAACACCAUUGGAGCGAUGUACUAGCUGGAUCCACCCUCGGCGCGAUUAGCGCUUUAAUAGUGACACUAUGUGUGGCAGAUCUCUUCAAAGAGGAGAGGCCUGGUCCCGCGGAGAAGCACCGAUCUGCCGAUUACGAAGCGGAGACCGGCGUCGGUGGCACACAGUUGGCUCCGGGAAGUUAAGAAGGUCCCCGGUUUUCUCGGACAGCGUCAGAUCCGAUCUCGUCCGGACGUGUACGUCGGCGUACAACCUUCGCCAGCCGGACCUUCUCCUUAGCGCGACCGAGUCUUAGACCUUCAAGAACCACUUUUCUAAUUCCAAGACAGUAAACUGCCGGUUUUUGGGACCGUUUCUCGACGAGUACCGCAUCUCUGCCGAAUUUUCUUCCCUGACACUGUUACGUAUAAGCGCGCGUCAACGCUCUGUGAAUGUUAUACAGAAAAAAAGAUGAAGAGGGAGAGACCGAGAGAAGGAAAGCAAGGAAAUGCGACGUAGCUGGAGCUUUGCGAAUACUUUUUAUUUCGUUGAGCUUUGUGUGACCGAUCAUGUAAAAUGUAUCCGUUGUGGAACGCGGUAUACUACUUUCUUUGCAGCGAGGAGCGAAAGUCUCCUUCUACUUUAUUACGCCUUUGUCUCUCAGCUUUUAGUAGUGCUGAAAGAAUAGAUGUACGCUUAUGAAGCCUACGUUCGUCCCGUCCAAGUGACGUCUCUCGCGUCUAAUAGGCGGAAGAUCAGAAUAUCUCACGCCCGUUGCGAAAGGUUGAUUGAUACUUGGUUGAAAACGUGACGAAAAUUAUUUUUGUAUAGUCGAUAUAUUUAUAUGAUGUUUUAUAGAUGAUAAAGAGGAUGUAUUUAUUUCUUUUAAUUGCAUAAUGUAUUUAUCAUUAACGGGGCGGAUCGGUGCUUUAGUACUUUUACGCUUAACAUGAUAGAAUCGAAAGAUAGAGCGAAAGAAAAUGGAAAAAUACAUUACAUCACGAAUAAUGGAACUUUGACGAUUAAAAAUACUAUUUUUUAUUACGUUAGGAUACAUGAUUUAAUUAGUAUCUAUGUAAUUUUUUAUUUUAUUACUUGAACGACAUAUCUGUGUCAUUAUGCUGUGUCAUUAAGAAGUAUGCACAGUACUUCAAGAAAGUUUCGUACUAGAUUAUAUUUUUUUAAUAGAUUAAAUUUUCUUACCGUGUUAUACAUACGUUGGCCUAUUCUGCAGAGCAGAUUAUAAUAGAAUCACAGACGUUAUGAUGCGUACAGAUUGUAAAAGAGACUCUCGGAAAGAGAUGUUAAUAAUAUUUAAGAUUUUAUUUGAUUUCGAUCUUUUUCUGUGACUACUUCUGUGGCUCAAUCGCCGCGAGAGUAGUAACUAUGAAUUAUCAGUGAUAACGACUUGACGAUGACGUAGUGUUAUAGCGACAGUGUUUACUUAUGGCACCUUCUGAUAUUAUUUGAUAUAUUUCAAGAAUUCAUAUACGAAGGAUAGAUGAAUUAAAAUAUUAUUUAAUAAAAUAUUAUUUAAUUAAAAUAUUUAACAAAAUCAAUUGCAAAAGAUUAUUUCUACGAAUGUUAUGUAAAUAUUUAACAUUCGAGUUAAUUAAGAAUUAGUUUCAUAAUUUCUAAAUUUUAUUUUACUUUUUCUUAUUUCCAAUAUAUACAAAUUAACUUAAACGCAACUUAUAGGAAACUAUUUAAAUAAAAAAAGUUAAUAUAAAAUAGAUUUUGUAUAAUUGUUUUUAAUUCAUCUAUCUUUUUAUAACAAGAAUACUGUCGUUUAUUGUCGAUUUUGUUUAGUUUUGAUCAGUCUCUUGCUGGAAUGUAAGAUUAUUUAUGAAUUUAUACAUAAAUUAAUAGAUGCGUAUUCUUACGAUAUAGGAAUUAUCGCAUUUUGUCGACUUUCUAAUGACUUUUUACAACGUUAUCCAAUACGCGAAUAUUUACGGAAGAUGCACACAUUAUUAAUCAUGGAAUUAAUAUUUAAUUAGUGUAGACAAUACAUGGUAUAUGGUGCUCUAGAAUUGUAAUUGUAAUUAAAUGUAUGAUGGUAAUCUACUGCAAUUUAACUGAAAGUAUUUGGUGACCAUUAUAGAGUCACGAUACGAGAAACUGCGUUCGUACAUUGAUAUAUGUAUAUACACACACACACAUACAUACAUACAUAUAGGAAGAGAUUAUUUAUUUUAUAGGAAAUUAUUAUUAUAUAUAUAUACACACACAUCGUUACAUAUAUGUAUAAAAAUUCCGUAUAUACAUAUAUAUGUAGUAUCAGAUAUAGAUAUAUAUAUAUAGUCGGAUCUUUAAUUAUUCGUUAUCUCGAUUCGAGAGCAGAGCUCCGAAAAUUGUGACCGUGAAAAUUUAAUUAUUCAGACAUUCUACUUUAUUUGUAAUAUUAUUAAUAUUUGUUUCCUUCUUCGCGUGCAUAAUAAUACGAUUAUGUUUAAACAAUAUUUUUUAAUUCACAAUCUUAAAUUUACGGGCUUUAAUAGACUUUUAAUUAAUUAAUUUUUUUCAGAUUUAAAUAACGAAGCAUUUAUAAUUUAUGAAUCGUAAUAAAACAUUAGUAUUCAUUCGAAUGUAAGUAUAAUAUAUCGCUUAUUCCUUUGAAACUAUAAUUUCAGAUUUAAUUACUAAAGUAUUUAAAAUUGAAGACUGAGAAGUUUUGUAAUAAAUUAUUUUUGUUUUUAAAGUUUCUCUUAGGAGAAACUUUACUCCAUUAAAAAAUUAAUUAUGAAAAUUAAAAUGGGAAUAUCUAGAACUCCUUACAUAUUUAAUACUAAUCUAUAUCUGAACGCUCUAAUCUCUACGUAAAAAUCGAACCAUGAUAUGAUAUGGUCACGUUAUCUGUCGUGAAUUUGAGAAUCAUUCGAUCCGAUUAAACAAUCAGUUACUAUUCUCUAUUUUUAGAUAUGCUAUACGUACCGAGUAGAUUACGUAUAUCUGAUCGCAUUAAGAAGUAGCACAAAAUGAUACAAACGGUAGAAAUGGGAUCAUACUAUUACGAGACCAACGUUGCUCUAUUAACUGUUCUCAGCGUAUAAUCUGCGCUUAAAUACACUCAUCGAAAACGCAAUUUACAUUACAAUUCUUGUAAAAACUUUAACCAGGCGUCGGAGACCGUUGCUCCCGUCGUCGUUUUAUUCCGCAUAACAUCAACAAUUAUACAUCGGCAUCGGCAGCUUCGCCGAUAAAUGCUGUACAGUAGGAAUAAAUUAUUGAAUUAUGAAUCGUA